AUGGACGAGCACCAGAAGAAACUCAAUCAGCGGCAUGAGGGAAGGCCCCGCAAAGUGAGGUUCAGAAUAUCCUCCGCUUACAGUGGUCGGGUGCUAAAACAAGUCUAUGAAGACGGGCAGGAACUUGAGCCCCCGGCCAAAGAGCACUCACGGCGUUUUCUCUGCCACGGCUUUGAGCCAGGGGACCCCUUUUGCGGGGCUGGGGAAAGGCCAGAAAGCAGGUUCUGCCUGCCAGCCAAGCUGACUGCCCAACGGAUCAGCAUAUUCAAAGAGGACACGAAAUACAGCCUCGCCAGUAACUCCCCGCUGCUGGGUGACUGCCAGUCAAGCGAUGGUCCCUGCAGGGCUUCCCCAAUUCUAGAUUUUGGCAAGAUCAUCAUCUACACUAAUAACCUGAAAAUCAUCCGUGCACCGAUGGACCAGAAAGAGCUCAUGAGAAGAAUCAUCCAGACUGAGGGAAUAAAUGACUGGGCCUUCAUAUACCGAGAAAGGAAAGAAAGAUUUGGUGAUGGACAUAAAAAAGAUGUGGAAAAAAAGGCUGCUUGUAACCAAUAUGUGCAG